UAAAUAACGAUAUAUUUUACAUGAAUAUGAAGUACGAAACCACACAACGAUCGCCCCCACUUUGCGGUGCAGGGUUAUAAAUAACCCAUAAAACAUGUCAAACCCUACCGGAAUAUUGGCCGUUCGACGUCUGAUUGGCGGACGGCCAGUCCCAUUCCCAUCGACGACACGCCCACAUCGCGCCAUGCCCCGCCCAAAUGCUCGUCCUUACCUUCAGAGUAACAUAGUAUCUCGUCGUGGUUAGAUCGAAGGCGCUCCCCUUACCUUCAGUGGGUUAAUUAGUAAAUGUCGGGUUUUCAUUUUGACAUUAUGGUGCUGUGAUUUGUGCAAUUAGAACUCAGACCCGAAACUUGAUGAGAAUCGGCGGCGCGAACAAUAAGUUUUCGUGAACAAGUUAGUUUUGGUAGUCGCCCCGCGUGUCGGGUUAUGUGAUUGGAGGGCCAGGGCGAUGGCAGCUCUCACUAGCAACUUGGUAUCUCCAAAAUACUUCGGCAGAAACUUGGAAAGCACUGACGGAUCCGUCUCGAUGGAUUCGAACGACUUUGGUAGGGAAUCCCCUAACCUGGACAACGCGAGCUGCUGCAGCGACGACACCGUGUUGUCCGUCGGCAACGAGAAUCCGGUCGUCCACCAGGAGGAAAAUCUGUCGUUCAAGAACAUCGAAAGCCAUCUGAACGCGAUCUCGAAGAUAACGAACAGUACGUUGGAUCCGAACAACAGUAGCAGCAUCAAAUCCGACCCAUCUAGUCCAAAUAGUCAUAGACUUAGCCCGGCCAGUACGAAGUCCGAAUCGCCGAACUUCAUCUACAGGAACAUAGAGAAAUCCAAUCCGACGUCGCCAGAGUCGUACGAUAAGUUCAGGCAGGCCUCGGUCUCAUCACCUUUAAGUCCGAGCAGUCAGAAGACGACAGCGUACACUUCCGGUCCGGACUCACCGCAGAGCCCGAAGCUCGACAGCAAACCCUUCUACUUCCGACAGAACAGCACGAAGAACGACAACAACAACGAACCCAGCAACGGCAACCUAAAGUUCUCCAUCGACAAUAUACUGAAAGCUGAUUUCGGUAGACGGAUCACGGAUCCGAUAAACAUUCGCAAAGUGAAACCAAAAAAGCUCGUACCUGAAGCACCGCGCAGAAGUUUCGAACAGGAAACUGUGACCAGUUCUGGAAGCGCACCGGCGGCGGCGGCGGCGGCAACGGCAGCGUCGUCUGCAGUCGGAGGACCGGUUGAUCUGAGUAAAGCGGAACCGGAAAAGAAGGAAGGAGCCUCCGGUUCCAGCCAACCCAUGCUCUGGCCAGCCUGGGUGUAUUGCACCAGGUACAGCGACAGACCUAGCUCAG